CACCAGCCUCCUGCCGCCUCCUGCCUCGCUGCUGCUGCUGCUGCCGCCGCCGCCGCCGCCUCUGACAGACAGACUUCAUUCUCCACCGUCUGCAGGAAGUCCGCCUCGUUCCUCUUCUCUACCCCCUCCUCCUGACGACUUUUUCCGGCGCUUUUUUGCACAUCACGCCUCCCGUGAGAGACGUCCGCGGUGAGUGUGUGUGUGAGUGAGAAGCUCCCCUGAAGCUCCGUGAGUCUCUCGGCCCCCCUCCUCCUGCUCCCUUUGGCCGGGGCAGAGCAGGUUAUGGAGGCCCUGGUGCUGGAGGAGAAGAAGGACUCGUCCCCCACGGACAGGUUCCUGCCUCUGCCCACCCUGAGCCCGGCCGUGCCUCCAUACGUCACCCUGGGCCUGACGGUGGUUUACACCGUCUUCUACUCCCUCCUCUUCAUCUUCAUCUACGUCCAGCUGUGGCUCAUCCUGCGGUACCGACACAAGCGCCUGAGCUACCAGACCGUGUUCCUGUUCCUGUGCCUGCUGUGGUCGGCGCUGCGCACCGUGCUCUUCUCCUUCUACUUCAACAACUUUGUCACGGCCAACACUCUGCGGCCUUUCCCCUUCUGGCUGCUCUACUGCUUCCCUGUCUGCCUCCAGUUCUUCACUCUCAGCCUCAUGAACCUUUACUUUGCUCAGGUUGUUUUCAAGGCAAAGUCAAAAUAUGCACCAGAGCUUUUAAGAUACAGGCUGCCAUUGUAUCUGCUCUUCCUCUUCAUCAGCCUCGUGUUUUUAGUUGUGAACUUAGUGUGCGCCCUGCUGGCGAGGAUGUCCACCACAGAAACGCACACCAUUGUGCUCGUGAGGGUUGCAAUCAAUGACACACUUUUUGUCCUGUGUGCCGUCUCCCUCUCAGUGUGUCUGUACAAAAUCGCUAAGAUGUCUCUGGCCAACAUUUACCUGGAAUCCAAGGGGACAUCGGUGUGCCAGGUGACAGUGAUCUGUGCCAUCGUCAUCCUCCUCUAUUCAUCCAGAGCCUGCUACAACCUGGUGGUCCUGGGACUCUCUAACAAGAGCAUAAACUCCUUUGACUAUGACUGGUACAACGUUUCAGACCAGGCAGAUUUACAGUCGACUCUGGGCGACACUGGCUACGUCGUCUUCGGAGUGAUCUUGUUUGUGUGGGAGCUGCUCCCCACGUCUCUCGUGGUUUUCUUCUUCAGAGUGAGACAUCCUAACCUCCACGGGAGUGGCUCUGGGCUUCCCGGUAACGUCUUCUCCUCUCGGGCUUAUUUCUUUGAUAACCCGCGGCGUUACGACAGCGACGAUGACCUGGCGUGGAGCGUCAUGCCUCAGAACAUCCAAGCCAGUCUGGCGGCUGACAACUAUGAAUGGGGGAGCCAAAGCAGCGGCAUCAGUGCCUACAUCGGAGGGGAUGACGGUUACCACCUCCCUAUUCCUCCGGAGGAGCUCAGCCACUACUGAUCAGGGUUCAGUGACUCGCGCUAACCUUUGACCUUUGUAUAUUUUUGCACAGUCCUUCUUAGUGACCGAAGCACACAGUGCCGAACUUUGCCCUCGUCUUCAUUCGUUCACGUCGAUAUGCUGUCUAGAGAAGUAACAGACGUUUUUCUUUGCCAUUAUAUGAAGGUCCACUGAAUGAAAAGGCAAGGAUUUUGCACACUUUGUAGCACGUAUUGUUUUGAGCGCUCUUAAACCUUUUACUGUAUAGUUUAUACUGAAUAUUGCAUUAUAUUUCCUGACCACUGCAAUAGUGUACGUACUGUUAUGCCUAUGAACAUGUUACUUUUUCAUACAGACUGUUUAAAUAGGAUCAUUGUAAAUCAUAUUAAAAAUAUAUUUAAAUGCUUAAA